AUGAGCGUCAACUUUGAAUCUCCUUCAUCAGUUUAUUCAAAAUCAUCAACAAUUAUUCCAAUUGAAGAUGGUAAGGUUUUCCUAUGGUUUUUCUGCAAACAAAAAAUUACAAAGAGUUUUCAGAAAAUCCAGAGUACCAUGAGAUCAAGGAAUUAUUCGAAGACCCUAAUGAAUAUGAAGUUCCAGAUAGUCAAAAGCACAAGAACAGCAACAAUGAUACUAAUUCGAGAACAUUCCUUGUUGAGCCCAAAUGGUUUUCUGAUUAUCGUGCUGGAAAAAGAAAGGAUUCAGGUAAAUUAAACAUUUUAUGAAAAUUAUAAUACAAUAGUUAUUUUAGCAGUAAAUAAUAUCCCUGAUGGUUUUCGAAUCACAAGAAAGUACGAAAUCACUACUGUUGCUUGUUUGAAAGACCCAAAUAGACCAUAUUUGCCUCCUGGUUUCAAUAACACUGUAAAAACACGUCAAGACUUGUCAGAGAUUAAUGUUGAAUCAAAGGAAAGGCUGAUUGUAAUCAAAAUGAUUGAAGAAAAAACGACAAAUCUCAAAACAAACGAAAUAUCAACAAGACAACGAGAAGAACUGGCGAAGGAUGCUUUGAAACUUCCAGAACGGAAGAAAACUCCAACACCUAUCAAUAUGUCAAAAUAUAUAUGGAUUUUCAUCAUUGUACUUAUUAUUUUGACAGUUUUAGUUUUUGUUGCGGUUAGAUCGUUUCCCGUCUCAUAUCAAUGGUACGUCAACACUAAAUCACUUGAAAUCAUCGGAUGA